AUGGAUUCGAACAAACACGAUAGAAAACAAAGGAGAAAAGAAAGUCAAUCACCACAAACUUCUAUUGAAUUUUCCAAGGGCAAGGCCAAAACCAACAGUAUAAAGCAUACAACAAAUGCAAAUUCAAACGAUUUAUUUCAAACAGGAUCAAAGAAUAAUAAGUCUGGUAAACUUGUUUUCUUCGCCGGGGACUCAAUUCUACAACAUGUUCACGGCUGGGACUUGUCUAAUGAUAAACAACGUGUAUCUGUAAAGUCCUUUUUAGGGAUUAAAGCUGAAGAUAUGCAAGAUUACAUCAAAUCAUUACUACGCAAAAAGCCUGACGAGAUAAUAUUGCAUGUAGGCACUAACAAUAUUAAAGAUAACUCCAAGACGGCAGAAGUGGUUGCUGCGGGUAUCUUAAACCUCGGAACCCAAAUAAAGGAUAGUCUACCAUGCACUAACGUAUGUAUAUCGGGCAUUAUUACCAGGAAAGAUAAAGCUAAUAUCCAGAAUAAAAUUAAAACUGUAAAUGACAUUCUUAAACGGAUCUCUGACCAAAACAAAUGGACCUAUAUAGACAACACUAAUUUAGAUUAUACUUGCCUAAAUAGAGGUGGCCUACAUUUAAAUAGAAAGGGUAGUAGCACUCUUACUAGAAAUUAUAGUAAUCACUUUAGUCGUAAUUGAAAUAAGGCAUGGCCAGGUGCUGUAAAGUAUGCUCAAUUUAACCCAUAUUUUCCUGAUUUCAAGGGUUUCAAAAUGGGUAUGCUUAACAUAACCAGUUUACCUAAGCAUAUUGACGAAAUUAGGAUCAUAUUAGCCGAUGAAUGUCUCGAUAUUCUUGCAUUAAAUGAGACAAGAUUGGCUGAUACUAUUAAUAACCAGGAUAUGUACAUAAGUAAUUAUGAUCUUAUUAGGGUCGAUCGUUCUAGAACAGGGGAAGGCGUCUGUUUAUAUGUGAAAACUUCCCUUAACUAUUUAGAACGAAAAGAUCUGACCAGAGAUAAUCUUGAAGCUGUAUGUGUUGAGAUUCGCAAACCUUGCAGUGCACCAUUUAUUGUCGGUACUAUUUGCAGACCUCCAAGUGCUUCUGUUGACCCUUUUGCCACAAUUGAGAAAUUAGUAAAAACAAUAGAUAAUGAAAAUAAGGAAUUUUACAUACUUGAUGACUUAAAUGCUAACAUGCUUGACACCUCAAACAAUGCCACAAAGAAUUUAAAUUCAAUCAUGGAAUUAUAUCAAUUAUCGCAAACGAUAAACACACCCACCCGUGUGACCACGACCUCAUCCUCCCUAAUAAACGUUUGUCUUACUCCCACUCCAACAAAGUUAAUAACAUCACAAGUAAUACCAAUUGCCAUUAGUGAUCAUUACAUGAUCUUCGUUCUUCGUAAAAUAAAUAUCCAGCGCAAACAAAACAGUCACAAGAAAGUUGAAAUUCGAAAUUUAAAAUAUUUUAAUACUGAGAGUUUCCAAGCUGACCUGCGUGGUCAGGAAUGGGAAUUAUUAGAUAACAAUCUCUGCGGUGAUACGAUGUGGGACACAUGGAAAACACUUUUCGUACAAGUUCUUGAUAGGCAUGCCCCUAUCAGGGAAAAGAGAGUUAAAAGUAAACCAAAUGUUCCUUGGCUCACUAGUACAAUUAAAAAACAAAUCCGCGACCGCGAUCGCCUUAAAUCUCUUGCUAUUAGACAUAAAUCGGAAAAUUACUGGAACGCAUACAAAACCUUUAGAAAUCGCGUAACUGAUGCAUUGCGACGAGCAAAAGCAGCAUAUUAUAAAGGAGAAUUUAAGAUAGUCAAACAUGAUCCCAAACAAGCAUGAAAAACUGUCAAUAAAAUCCUAAACCGUAAACAAGAAAUUAGAGAAAUCAAUUGUCUCGAAACACCGAGAGGACAAAUUUCACAUCCAACGGAGUUAGCGGAGUGUUUUAAUAAUUAUUUCACCAAUAUUUGUCCAGAUAUUGCCAAAAAUAUCGACAAUGGUGACAAAAAUUUCAAGGAUUACAUCACGAUAACAACUAGUAGCUUUAAUUUUCAAACAGUGUCUGAAUCGAACGUAUACAGACUUCUGUUAUCUCUAAAUCCUCGUAAAUCUACUGGAAUUGAAAAAAUCCCUGCUAAAAUUAUUAAUUUCAAUAUGGCCAUUAUAAGUGCCACUGUUCCUUUUGAGUGGAAAAUAGCAAGAGUCACUCCCAUAUUUAAAAACGGCCCGCGAAACUUAUUAAACAACUAUCGCCCCAUUUCUAUCCUCCCUGUAGUAAGUAAACUUUUUGAAAAAGUAUUAUACGAACAACUCCAUGAGUAUCUUGUUAUACAGGAGUUGUUGUCCCCUCGUCAAUUUGGUUUUAGGAAGUUUCAUUCUACAGCCUCUGCUCUUUUAGAUAGUGCAAAUGAAUGGUUCAUUAAUAUGGACCGUGGUUUGUUUAAUAUAGCUGUUUUUGUGGACUUACAAAAGGCGUUCGACACCAUAAAUCAUGACAUCCUGUUAACGAAACUUGACCUUUAUGGCCUACAGAAGCCAUCAUUAAACAUUUUAGGAUCCUAUUUAGCGAAUAGAACCCAAAUGUGCUCCGUUAAUGGCGCUCUGUCGGGCACGAACUUGGUUAUAUGUGGAAUCCCUCAAGGUUCAAUUCUUGGCCCACUCUUAUUCUUGAUCUACAUUAAUGAUCUGCCUAACGGUUUGGAGUACUCGUCGACAAGAAUGUUUGCCCACGAUACGACUCUAACUGUAUCUGGCAAGUCAAUUCAAGAUGUAGAGGUGGCUAUAAAUCAUGACCUUUCCAAUGUUAAACAAUGGCUUUCUGCAAAUAGAUUAUCUCUUAAUCUAGUCAAAACUGAGUAUCUACUAAUAGGAUCUCGGUACAACAUAAAUAAUUUACUUGCUGCUCCAAAUGUAUUUGUUUGUGAUACACCAACUAAAAAGGUCAAAGAAACAAAAGCACUUGGAGUUCAUAUUGACGAGUUUCUAUUGUGGGAUAAGCAUAUUGAUAAAAUUGCUAAGAAGAUUUCAACCGGAAUUGGGGCGAUCAGAAAGCUAAAAUCUUGUGUGGAUCAUAAUACAUUAAUUUGUGCUUAUAAUGCACUUAUACUUCCACACCUAGAUUAUUGUUGCGAAGUUUGGUACACCAUUGGUGCGCCACACUUUCUAAUCGACUCGAGAAACAACAAAAUAGGGCAGCUAGAGUUAUUACUGGCCGUAAAAACGAACACGGUCAAUCUGAACUUUCUCUAGACGAACUGAAAUGGAAACCUUUAAGUGAACGCAGAACACAUUUCAUAGCAAGUCUUAUGUAUAAAAUAACUCGCGAACUGGCGCCAAAACGACUAACCAACAUUUUUCAAAGGACGUCUUCCUCUUAUUACUAUAAUAUGCGAGGCUCUUCCACCAAACUCUUUUUGCCCAAACCUAAGACUAAAUAUCUUAAAAAAAAGUCUUAGUUAUAGAGGAGCGAAAGUGUGGAACAGCCUUUCUGAUGAAGCAAGAAACAAACACACUCUUACUUCGUUUAAUUUAUGUAUACGACACCUGGCCAAUUAUUUAAUUAAUUAAUUACGUUAAUUAAAAAUAUUGUACAGUACUAACAUUAAUUUAAUAUGUAAAUAAUUAUAUAUUUGAAUGCUGUUCUUAGGGUUUUGUAAUCCAAGUGAGUAUAUAUAUAUACAUUUUAAGACCUGACCAGGAACGACUGUGAAAAAUGCAGCACAAGGUCCUCUGGUAGGAAUUGAACCUACGGCCCUGCGAUUCCGGUGCAGCACUCUAACCAACUGAGCUACAGAGGCCAGCAGUUGAGCUGUAACCGUAAGUUCAUGUAUAUAUAGGUGUUCGGGUGUGUGGGUUGUGAUAAGAUGGACUUCAAUGAUCUGGUUUUUUGCACUUCACUUGGUGGUAUUAAUAUUUGAACGCUGUUCUUAGGGUUUUGUAAUGCAAGUGAGGACCUUGUGCUGCAUUUUUCGCAGUCGUUCCUGGUCAGGUCUAAAAAUGUAUAUAUAUACUCACUUGGAUUACAAAACCCUAAGAACAGCAUUCAAAUAUUAAUACCACCAAGUGAAGUGCAAAAAAACAGAUCAUUGAAAUAAUUAUAUACUCGUUGUAUUUGUAGAUGUAUUGUAAUUAUUGUUAACUGUAAUGUUAUGUAUGACCAUAAUUUGUAUGAAUUGUAUUUUUUAACUAUUUAAAUCUACGUCCACCCCCCUUGGAAAUCAGCCUUCGCUGUAGGGGUUAGCGUAGUUAAAUAAAGUUUUACCUACCUACCCUAUUAGCCUUUUCACUUUGGUGAUUGACUAGCGCGUUCGCCGCAUCCUUGACGCAUUUUCGGUAAAUACCGUUGAGUUUUUACAGGAAUGACGGAAACGAGCUGCUUCGCGAGAAUUGGCUUUAGUUCAGGGUUGGACUACAUCCACUGCAGAUUUUAUGCUCAUUAUCCUCACUAUGUAUCUUGCUCAUUGUCAACUUAAAAACCACAAAUCGCACGGUCAGCGAAAUCAUCAAGGAUUGUUUAGGCCUUUAAAAGGAAACACUUCACAUUUUCCGACUAAUAUCUUCCUAUAAUGACCGUUAUUGAAUUAUAGCAGUCGACAAAAAGGACAUUGGCGGACUUCCACGCAACCUAAAAACUGGAGGAUCCUAUCGCUCUUUAAUAGAUUGAGAUUAAGGCAGAUUUCUAAAAUGUCGCCCCAUUGAUUGAUUGAUUGAUUUUUUAUUGAUGGCUGCACUUUAUUUAAGCGCGGAAGCAUGUCAUCAGAAGAUGGUUUUCCCAUGCAGGCGUCGUUUGCAUUUAAAUUAUUUAUUUUUUCGAUCUUUAUCUUUUGACUGCGGAACUCUCAACCUGACCCGUUCCAUUCGAGGGCUCAUGCGAGAAAAACGUUUGAUCGCCAAACGUCGAUUGCACAAAAAAUUUUGCGCCGGAUGGGAACCUGCCUUAAAGUCCCAUUGAAGUUUUCGUCUCAGAAAUGGUUUAAUUUUCAAGAGAGUUUGAGAUCGUUUACAUUAAAUUGGCUCAAAAUCCAACUAUUAAAGGGGCCUAUAUAACUAAUCAAACUUGGUGGCAAUAACACUCUAUUUGCACAUAGAUUACAUAAUUAUAUCAAGUACAAAAUUACGAACUACGAAUAAUAUAUGAAGACAACAAGUAGGUAGUAUAUAUUUGUAUAUAAGCUUUGUUUGCUAAAUUUUUAUCUCUGUCUUUAUUGCAUGCGCUCUAGUUGGUUUUUAUAACUCAACACAAAUUAUUUUAUAUAAACAUGUUGAUGUAUGUACGUGGACGUUUAUUGAAUCAUAUACCAGGACUCAUAUUAAGGCAACGCCCACAUCAUUACUGAAUAAAUAUUUCUAUACAGGGACGUCGCGAUGUCAUUGACAUGGGACGGGUGGGGGCAGGGGAGGCGACAUGA